AAGUCAGUGCGUCAUCGAGGACUGUCUAACUUAUUUCCAUUGGGGUCCUCAAUCUUGUCCCCCAUGAUGCGACCCACACCAGUCGACUAAUACCCAGGGCGCAAUACGGCGUCACCUGUCAGUGGCCCUGUAAACCCCCAACAAGAAGAUGGCCAAGAUUCUUUACACACACUCAGGAAAGAGGAUAAAUUACGGCACGUUGGAACAAUGGAAAUUCCAAGGAAAAGAACUCUUCUUUCAUCUCUCAAGUCUGAUCUGAUGGACAGAGCCAUGGAGCCAGUCCAACAUACACAAUUACAGCCAGUAAGAAAUGAAAUAAGUAAGCCUCACUCUAAAACUACUGUUACUGGGAUUCCAACAAAGACCAGGUUACAUUGCAACCAUUUGAAACCUAAGUGUCAUUGUUUGCUCUCUGCUAAUAAGAGGGUGAGCAGAGCAGGACAAAAAUCUUUGGCAUCUGGCACAUCACGGAGAAUAUUGAUUUCAACUCGUUCAGUACCAAGAGGGGAGCUGAAUGGCUGGAAAAAUUAUAAAAAAACCUGUGACUCUCUCUCUAUCCUUGAUACAAAUUGGAGACCUGGUUUGGAUGCAUACUCUAAAGAGACUCGAGAGGAAACACAAAAUAAUGGUAAUCAAAAUUUGCUCUCAGACAUCAACAAAAUAGGUGACAAAAGUAAUAAAGGGAACAAGGAGAAUUCCAAGAAAAAAGUUCACUUUGCUGAAAAAAACAGGAAACACAGUGGCUCAAGGAACCAUAAAUUUCACCACAAGAAACAUAUAAAUACUCCGGGAGAAACUAACAUCAUUGAAGAUCAUGGUCAAAACAGCAGUGAUCAUCCAAAGUCUUCAUUAAAAAACUACUUAGGCCCCAUGAACAACUAUAACAACAAUAGGGACUCAUCUGAAACAUCAUCUACCCCUGAACAUUUGCCACACACUGCCAGUACUUUACAUGAUAAUGAUAACACAGCCCCAUUUAGUGAGGAAAGAAGAGGUGGAGAAGAAUAUUGCAGACUUUGUCAAUGUCCAAGGUAUCAUUAUCCUCAGACUAAUGUAUUUGACAGAAUGAAGUACAGUUCAGGUGAACAUUAUGAUAAAGACUGUUUAUCAGAUCCCAUACAGUAUUCAUCAAAAUAUGAAAAUGAAGACCCUUGUUUGUUGUGUAGUAGGUAUGGAAAGCAACCUUACAUAUGUGAUGAUAAAGACUGUUGUGAGUUAGGUGAGAGGCAUUACAUCAAUUUUCAUAUGCCAUCUCAUUUAAAGGACACUACAAAAACAUCACAUUUUGAUAAAACUAGAAAUCUUUCACAGAAGUUGUCAUCAUCAAUGCAACAUUCUAACUAUGAAAGUCAUCUAUUUACUGAAACGAUUCCCUAUGAGCCAAGGACAGAACUGGUGAAAAACUUGAAGCAAAGGUUGGAGUUGGAAGAGGAUUAUAGAAAGGAUAAAGACUUGUUAAAAAGAAAUAAUUUUUCAAGAAGAUGGAGAUCAUGGGAUGCAGAGGAUGUAGAAGCAUUUAAACACUGUCGUCUCCAUAACUGUCACAAGGCACAGGACUAUGGCUCUCAUCAUAAAUGUAUCCACCGCUAUCUACAAAAUGAUCGUUUGUUUCUGGAGCCCACAUUAACUAACAGUAAAGGGAAUAGUUUGUGUGUUGAAUGUGGUGCACCUCAGCCUUCAGAACCUAAGAAAAAACCCUUUAUGUAUCAUAUUACUCUUGGAGGAAUGAGAGAUAGUGACAGUGUAAUGAAACCAAGUGACAAAGGCAAAGUUAAACUGGCAGGAAAUCUAGACAGUGAAAUUAGCAAACAUGGUUCACACCAUAGACUUGAAAUACCAGGUGACAUAUCCAAGCAUAUAUAUGCUAGAUUAAAUAAAAAUAUAAAGCACAUCCUUCCUGGUUGCUCGGGGUACUCUCCAAGUUCCUGGGCUGUAGGUAGAUUAGCAAGUGGCUUUCCCUGUGCGAAGCGACACCCUAGUAGAUCCAUGGCACUAGUUGACCAUAUGGUCUGAGCUUAUAAAAAUUUAAAUUAAGAAGAGAUUAUAAAAAAACUAGUUGAUUUCUUUACAGUUCAGAGAGUAUGCACACUAAUCCUCUGUUCAGGUUUAAGAAAUUAUGUUUUGUUUCAGAAGUCAUUAAAGGCAGAAAAAUUUAUUUAAAAAUUAUGCAGAAUUUUUUAAUGUUUAAUUUUAUGAUUCUUUUAAUGUAAACGGUAAAUAAAUCAUGCAAACUUGUCA